AUGGCACUGGAAGCUUUGAACUCUCCAAAUACAGCUACUCCAUCGUUUGAAUUCGAGGAUUCAAGCCUCAGCUACAUGGGGGAGCCAUGGGCAAAGCGCAAGCGCUCUAAGCGUCCACGUCUCGACCGCCAACCUACUGAAGAAGAAUAUCUCGCUCUCUGUCUUGUCAUGCUAGCUCGUGGUUCCACCAAUAUCUCAAUUCCCACCUCAGACCACCAAAAAUCCCCCGCCCCUCCAAUAGUAUCCACAUCAUCAGAGCAAAAAAUCAGUUACAAGUGUUCCGUAUGCAACAAGGAGUUUCCUUCAUACCAAGCCCUAGGCGGGCACAAGGCAAGUCACAGAAAACUUGCUGGAGGCGGCGAAGCCCAAACCACUUCGAGUACAACUGCUUCUGCCACAACAACAACCGUAUCUUUCGGAAGCGGUAGGGUUCAUGAGUGUUCCAUCUGCCACAAGACUUUUUCCACUGGACAAGCCUUGGGUGGUCACAAGAGGUGUCACUAUGAAGGCAUCUCAGGAGGCGGCGAAAAGAGUGGCGUGACUUCAACUUCUGAAGGUGCUGGAUCUACUAACACUCGUAUUCAUAGCGACAACCAGAGUCACCAUGACUUUGACCUUAAUGUUCCUGCCUUGCCAGAGUUCUCUUCCGAUUUCUUUGUAUCUGGUGAUGAUGAAGUUAUGAGCCCUCUACCGGCAGUGAAAAAGCUUCGCGUUUUGAUGCCACCCAAAAUUGAAGUCUCUCAAGCUCAGUAG